AUGACAUUGCACUGUAAGCCUGUUGCAUCCCGUUCAUCCCUCCAUUCAACCCUCCCUCUCUCCCUCCUUUCUUCCUCUGCUCUUCCUUUCCCCCCUCCCAGCAACGCAAGCUUAAGCGAUACCUACGUUGUGGCCCCCCAAGGGUUCAAGGUCUAUCUAGUUGAUAAUGCAUUUGAGCUCCCUUUUCCGGUGACCAUCACAGCCUUGAAGCACCUCACACUGCUAUCCAUAACGGGAAGUGGUCUUAGCGGCUCCUUGCCUGCUGCGCUCUUCACCAUGCCCAAUCUCAAGCACCUUGACCUCACCAACAACAAGCUCUCAGGCAGAAUACCUGAUGCAGUAGGGCUUGCAACAUGCCUCCAGACCAUGGAUCUAAGCAGCAAUUACCUCCAUGGCUCCCUCCCGGCAUCCAUGGGCAACCUCUCUCAUCUCACAAGCCUCACCCUCACAGAUAUCAACCUUAAUGGCACCUUGCCAGCUGCUCUCUUCACCAUUCCCACUCUCAAGCACCUUGUUAUCACCAAGACUGCUAUCUCAGGCAGCAUCCCUAACGAAGUAGGCCUCGCAACAGGCCUCCAGACCCUAGAUUUAAGCCACAACUGGCUUACAGGCUCCCUCCCGGCUUCCCUGGGGAACCUUUCUUCUCUCCUGCACUUGAAUCUCGAGAGGAAUGGGUUAUCAGGCACCAUUCCAGAGGCAAUCAGCAACCUAAAACACCUGCAGAAGUUGAACCUUGGCAGGCAAAAACUCUCAGGGCCCAUCCCCGAGUCAAUUGGAGCGCUCACCAACCUGCAAGAGAUGCUUUUGUUUCAAACCAGGCUGAGUGGCACCAUUCCCGCAUCCAUUGGCAACCUCACUGCACUCACCAGCCUAUAUCUCUGCGACAAUCGCCUUGCGGGGACCAUUCCCGCUGGGAUCAGCAGACUCAUUAACCUCAGAGAACUCUACUUUGCCAACAACCAGCUGGUAGGGGCGCUGCCCGCCAUUCACCGCAUGGCACACCUCCAAUACCUGCAUGCUGAAGAAAAUUACCUCAAAGCCACAGCAAACCCUCUCCCUCAGUGCCCCACCACUUCCACUCCCUGCAACGGUACCUCCGGAUGCCCCGUCUUGUACGUCUACAAGAACUGCCUUGCAAGCGAACCGAUCGGAUGCAAUUAUGACAUGCAACACGGCUGCCUUAGCACCCGCGGAGUCUUCUGCAGGGAGUUCCAGGCCCAGAGGCGUGACAGCGAGUGCCAGUCGUUCUGUGGGGCGCAGUUUCUCACCCCGCCGUGCAGCGGCCAUGGCGUGUGCUCCAUUGUGCCUAACCCCUCUUCUGACCUGCCUGUCUGUAAGGAUGAGCACCCGCCGUCGUUCUGCAACCCCAAUGAAGGCAAGGCGCAGUGCACCUGUGAUGAGGGGUACACGCCAGGGACUGCUGCUGGCACUUGUGUCCCUCAAGCGUUGUGUGUGCAUGUGCUUGUGUGCACAACACAUCCCUUCACAACAUUCUAUUACCUCCUAGGAAGUUUCCUGCACGCUUUCCCUGCUUUGCUUUUUUCAUGGUACUCUCCUCCCUUGCGACUCACCCACCCUGUCAGCAGGAAUCUCCUCUGA